CUCCUAAACGUUACACUGACCGAUGCUACUACUGUAAAUGCUCUUUGUUCUGAGAGCUGCCCACUAGAAGACGCUGUUUCUGUCUCAGUGGGGAAAGGAGGAGGGGGUAUUAGGUUUGGUGAGUGUAAUUCAAACCCAAAUCCCCGUCCAGGCCCGGGGAGGGCGAAGCUGGAGGAGCUCGACAAACAGCAGCAGCGGGUCCAGACUGUCCGUCUGCAGGAAUAUCUGAAUUAAUGGCUCUGCUCGCGGCUUGUUUCAGCGCGGUUUGAUCAGCGAUGAGACGGUUUAAAGUGGAAGAAAACAUCAUGGAGGACCAUGUAAUUCCCCAAGAGAUAAGGAGACCGACCCCAGCAAGCAGCCCACUCAUUUGGAUGUAAGGAAAAGAAGAUCUUUGAGGACUGGCCAGCUUACAUCCCUGGGAGAUCCAGCUCAGCGCCUGGUUCUGGCAAACAUGUGCAUGGGCCAUACUGCCCAGAAGUGACCAGGACAAAGGUUCAACCUGGACUUAGCACUGACUGACCCAUCCUGAGGAUUAACGUGGACCACUGGCAGUAGCCAUGUCUCUCUCUACGGUGCUAGCAAAAGCAUUGUUUGACAAUGCAGCAGAGAGUCCAGAGGAGCUGGCCUUCCGCAAGGGUGACAUUCUGAUGGUUCUGGAGCAGGAACAGGAUGGGGGUCCCGGCUGGUGGCUUUGCUCUCUCCAUGGACGCCAGGGUAUUGCCCCGGCUAACCGGUUGCGCCUCCUCCAAACCGCUCCAGCUCCAGGUCCUGUCCCGCCAGGCACAGACAACCGUCGGGCUCCCAGUGUGGACUCAGUUUAUCUCUCACCCGGCCAGCAGACCCGCGUCAAUGGCCUGUGCUCAGAGGAUGCAGAUGGAGUCUAUCUCUCACCCCCAAGCCUGGGGGAAGGGGUAUAUCAGAGUCCAGGAGGUGCCCCAGGACCAGGCAGACAGGAAGAGCUUCGUCAGGCUGAGGGCAGGAGGCCCCGCUCACACUCUAGCUCCAGCCCGAGGCCACGGCCAGACUGGAGCGAGAUGGGGGUGGAGAGCCGUCCACGCUCGCCCUCUCUCAGAGGACGCAUUGGAGAGACUGGUUCACUUUACCAAACCCCUGCUUCACCUGCACCGCUAGCAGCACAAUAUAGAUCUCAGGGUGCCUUGGUGUCAGAUUCAUUGUACCUGACUCCCAACGGUGUUGCUAGACCUGUGGGGGAAGCAGCUGGGGAAGUCGCCUAUUUAACACCAAGGGACUCAGGGGCUGCAGGACAUUCGGAUGGCUGCUAUCUGGUCCCUCGGCCAGCCGUGGCAGCUUUGCCCAAUGAGGAUUUGUAUCAAACCCCAACAAGCGGUGCUCCAGUAGCAGGACAGUCUGUUUCAGUGCCUGUUGCUAGGCUCCAAGAUGGAGCAACCAGCCAACCCAAAGCAGGUCAGGAAGCCCCUGGGAUGUACCAAACCCCAACCCCGCCAGGGGCAGCCAUGUCAAGGACUCCUCAAGCAGAGCGCAGACUACCUUCUGGGUCUACAGUGGUAUCGCCCGCCUCAGGACAAAAUGUAAAGCAGACACCCCCAACUCCCAGACCUCAGGGUCCGUCUGCCACACCGCCUGUGGGUCGUGGGAAGCUGUCCCAGGCUGCCAUGAGGGGGUCCCCACAUCUCGUCCGUGCAGGAAAAGCUGGGGUGCCAGGUUCUCCAAACUUCGGCCGGAAGCCCCCGCCACCAGCACCACCAGUUAGAAGUGUAACUAGGAAGGAUUUACCUCAGUGUGCAGCUGUGCCCGCCACCAAUCCUGCUCUCCAGGCAAGCCCUGCACUUCUGCACCCCAAUAAAGAGGAAGAACAAGGACAGAUGAGUAGAGAUGGAGGGAAACUUGAGGAAGAGAAGAAAAAGGCUACAUGUAUGAUAAAGAAAGGAGAUGACAAACAGUGUGCUGAUGAAACACUUGGUGAUCAGGUUUAUGACACCCCACCCACCAACAGAUGGCAGCACCCGGUUUCUGCAGUAUCUGUUGAGGAGGAUGACAGCAUCUAUAACACCCCCCGCACUGUCCCCCUACACACUGAAUCAGGAUCAGAAAUUUACGACGUUCCCACCCUCGCUCUGAAUCCAGCCUGCAGUGUCCCAGCAUCCUCUGUGGUGUGCAAUGAAGUGGAAGAUGAUGUUUACAGCGUUCCAAGUCUUCCAGGUUUGCCCUUGGAGUCUAUUGAGAUACCUGUAUCAGUGGUGGUGGAAGCAGGAGGAAAGUCUGAAGUUUACUCCAUCCCCAGUCCAGGAAAAAUAGAAUUAGUAUCUGAGGACAUCUUAGAAACUGAUGGUGGCAUCUAUGACAUGCCUGCUCUCAUGCUGGACAUCCCUAUGCGGCGCCUGUCUGUGUCUAGUACCGGCUCAGGCGACAUCCAGUGGAAAAACUCUAUUUCCACUCUCGUCCAAUCAGCAUUGAGCUCUGCCUCAGUCACUACCACACCUUCCAGGGACCUGGCCACCUCACUGGCUGAGAUUUUAUCCACAUGGAAAGCAGGCCAAGUUGGUGAUGUUCCAGCUACGCUUCAGCAGAUCUGGUCUAGGCUCGCAGACCUUCUCCCUGCCCUCUCAGUUUGUGGCUCCGCCCCUCCAGCAGAAAGUCUGCUCUUGAUGGUGCGCCGCGCACUUGAGGACUCCUCCUCUUUCCUGCAGACUCAGACUAGGCCCCGCCUCCCUUCCCAGGAGUCGCUUUCGCGGAGGCCACUUCCUGCCUUGCCGGUGGCCGAGGUUAAACCCAUGGCAGGUGGAAUGGGCUCACGUAAGGGCAGCUGGAUCCAGGAACGCCCGCUGCCUCCUCCACCACCCGCGGCUUUCCCGUUGCCCCCGGCGCCUGCCUCCUCUCUGCCGCCCGCUGUACGGACAAACGAGGAUGAGGAGCAAGGGAACGAGUAUGCAGGAAUUGGGCUAACCCCUGCACCUCCACCUUCAUAUCCUGCAGGAGAUAGCGUGGGAUACGUCAAACUGCAGGGAAAGCCUGAACCACCUCCUGAAUCACAGAUGGAAAACGGCACAUCCCAGGUCAUCUCCACAAAUGAUACCAGAUUGAGCCCCUCACCUCCUCUCCAAGGUUCUAUGUCUCUGGAGGAUUCAGAGCUUCUCUCCUUCUAUUCAUCCCAAAGUAUGUCUCACCUCUCCUGCCUGGGUGAUGCAAUAGAUGCCCUGUUCAGCAGCGUUCAGGAGAACCAGCCACCACGGAUCUUCGUGUCUAAAGGGAAGAGUCUGAUUGUGACUGCACACAAGCUGGUGUUUAUUGGUGAUACGCUUGCCCGUCUCCUCAGCUCGACAGACCUCAGGGCAAAGGUCACUACAUCCAGCGGACGUCUUUGUCAGGCCCUGAAGGCUGUCGUUGUUGCAACCAAAGGCGCCGCUCAGAACUACCCCUCAGUCCCAGCCACGCAGGAGAUGGUGGACCGUGUGGCUGACCUCUCCCAGCAAGCCGCCGGCUUCUCUGGGCUCCUUCAGCGGCUAGCAGAGAUAUCUUGAUGUCUUUUUUGUUGUCUUUUUUUCUGUUGUUUUUGUUACAGAGAUUCAUGAAAGAAUGCCUUAUUUGUGGGUGUUUGUAUUUUUAUUACAGUUGCUUUAUUGAUUGUAUUCAAAGAGGUAUUCUGAUUGUAUCACUGAUUGAUUAUACCGGUACCACAGUGAUCUGAUGUGAUGUGUGCUUAAAGACGGUGAGGUUGUGUAUGUAUGUGUAUGCGUACAUGUGAGCGUUUGUGUGUAUGUAUGUGUAUGGGUGCCAGUUUGUAAGUGUUUGGUUCGUUGUUUGUCGUUUUCAGGGUGCCUAGCACACUUCUGUGCGUCCUAAUAACUUAUUGAUGGAGGUUUGGGUUGGUGUGAGGAACGUGUUCUGCACAUUACAAAAAAAAUUGUAUCUUGGCAAGAGAAAUUAUCAUAAAUCUAGCUGAUAUAUGUAAUAUUUCUCGUUUUAAGUGUACUGUAUGUGAGUAUUUAACAUAUUCUAGAGGUUUGGAUGUAAUCGUUUUAAUACUUUUCACUUUAGAAAACAAGACUAUCCAGAAUUGACAAUUGAUUAUUGUUGUCUGAAAAAGUUUAUAUAUUGAGAAAUUUUAACAGGGCUCAUUUUUCCAUUAUUGCUGUCCCGCAAAAAAAACAUUUCUCCACUUUUACUUUUUGACCUUAUUGGAUCAAAUCUUUUUACAUUGACUUUCAUUGAAAGUGAAGAAUAAAGUUUUUUUCUUCUCCUGUAAAGUUGCUAUAUAUCACUUUUCAAUUUGUGUCGCUAGUGCUGGAGAUAUUGUUGAAUGUUGUUUUUGGUAAUUGCAUUUGUUACAAUCAAUUUUCCAUUGUAACAGAAACAGUGUUUAUUAUUAACACUUGUUAGUGUUAAUAUUAAAGUACUGUAACAAAGUUAGAAAUUCCAGUAUAAUGGCAACACAACUACAUUAUCAAAACUGUAAAUGUUAUACAAACAUUUAGUAAAAACUCCUUAUCUGGGCAAUGAGAUCUACAAAGCUUUCCUUAUUGAAGUUUGGUUUUAUUUAUUUGUAGUUAUUAUCAAACAUUUUUAAUUAUAUUAAAUAAGGUGAGCUAAAAAAUAAAAAAAAUCACAAGAUUGUCUACAAAAAGAGAAACAUCACUUACUUUUAACAGUAUUCGUGUUUCUCUGCAUCUGUUCUAAUGUUUCUGCUAAGAAAGUGGUUAUAAAUAAUGUGCUUAUGUGGCUAAAACGUCUGCACAGUACUGUAUAUAUCAACUAGAAAUAAGAUGGUUUCACUCAGCCAAGGUAUUAUUUUUUACAUGUUUCGUUGAUAGUGUGCUGCACGUGUUUGCUUUCUUUUGUAUUUGUUUUUUUACUGCAUAUUGGGUUGAGAAGUGAUGGUCAUACACACAUGGAAUGAUAAUCUGCGUUUAUGUCAGGGACAAUUCCUCUCUUGCUCUUUUACGUAUACAAUUCAACAGGCGACUGUUUUAGUUUCUUUGGAGUUUGGAACGACACACAAAACAGCUUGGGGUGCUGCAACGUAUGCCUUAAAACUAAAUGGCACAAGCGCUCAUUCAUCCAGAGAGCGCCGUCUUAUCUGGUUCUGGCUGGAAUGCAUGUAUUGAUAGAGAGGCAAAAAGGAAUUUGUGCUUCAUUUUGAAACAAAGAUGGGAGGCCAGGUAAUGGAGGGAUUUCUGUUGAUCCGUUGGAUUUUGUUCUUUCCCACGAUGGUGACUGAAUCAAAAACCUGUUCGGCAGGUCUCCUCCCUUUUUUUUUUCUCUCUCUUUGGUCUGUUUCCUUAGCCUUGGUUCCUUGGUUCAUAUUGUCUUCUCUUGCCUCUGUUUUCCCACAUUUUCUCUUUUGGGCUCUGGUUCUGCAGCUGUUUAUCUUAGAGACAUUAAAAGUUACUGACGGAAGAUACUGUUAGAUAAACCACAAUGCAAAAAAAAAAGCUAAGCAAAUAUAGGCUACUGUAACCUGUAAUCUUUGCGCAUAGAUAUACAGCAUUCUUGCCUUUAACUGGAACCCAGCAAUAUAUAUAUAUAUCAACCAUUUUUUUACUUGUAUUAAUCUGUAUUCAGAGCAGCUUUGAAAUUUCAUACGCAUGUGUAUCACUUACAUGUGAGCAGGUUUAGGGAUUACAUAUCUUUCUGUGGUGCAGCCACAGGUCCAGGCAUGAACCUGUUACCUUUCUAUCUCUGUGUUACAGUCAGACUUAGAGCAGAGCCCUCAUGUUUUUUUGUACAGCUCUGUCCCACAUCCUUAAUAUAGAGAUGAGACUAAAGCACAAUACCAGGAAACCUUAAUUCCUCACUUUGUCUUCCAUUUGUCUUUUUUUUGACCACCUUAUCUUUGUUGUCAGAAUUAGCUCUUUUCUUCAUUGUGAUGAAAGAGCUGACUGUAUUGUUCCCCUUGCUUCCCUGUAGUAUUAUCUGUUAUCUGUAUGCUCAUGCACUGACAUGUUGUUUGGUCUGCUUAUGCUAACAACAUAUAUCAAGGCUGAACUCUUAAUUCCUGAACACACAAAGUGCAUAACUACAACUGCAGCCUUGUGCACUGUCUCAGACCGCCACCAUGUGGACCAUAUCAGUAUUACUGCACAUCCUGGCUUGCAGUGUGAACAGAUUCUCAUCCUAGAAUACUGUUGUCUCUUAUCCUGCCUGGAAUUGGUAUCUUAUUAAUCUCUGGGUUAUUGUAUUUAUAAUUCAUCAUAAUGACCUGUAUCAUUCUCUCCCGAGUGACCUGCUCUUUCAGAGACUAGUUUUUAAAUCUAAGAAAAAAACUCAAAUACAACUGAAACCAUUGUAAAGCUUAGAUUAGUUGGCCUUAGAGAAAGCAUUGUAAUCAUAUUUAUUAUUUUGUUUGUUUGUUUGUUUUUAAUCAAACAUAUGCAUGGCUUUAAGUUGCUCUUUACAAAUACAUAUAUAUAUGCACAUGUGACCAGGGAUGCUUUCCUGCAACAUUUUUGCAACAUUAAUAAUUGCUUUUAAAUGUGGAGAUUUGUUUUCUUUUUGUACCAGAAUGUAUUUUUGACACUCAUUUUUUGAUGUUUAUUUUAAAUUUAAAUGGGUUUCUUCAAACACCUUUUAUGUAAUGGGUACUUUUGUGGACACUUCAUCUGUAGCUAGGCAUCCUCCGGUACUUGUCAUAAAACCAUAAAACAUUUUUCCAAAAUACAUUUUUGUUUAAAUGCA